UCAAGAGAUGCCUGCACCAAAAACUGAAAAGCAAGUAAGAGGAUUUCUCGGACGAUUGAACUAUAUCUCCAGAUUUAUCUCUCAAAUGACUGCUACAUGUGGGCCAAUUUUCAAGCUUCUCCGCAAAGAUCAAGGGGUUGUAUGGACUGAAGAUUGCCAGAAAGCGUUCGACAGUAUCAAAGAGUACCUGUUAGAACCACCAAUAUUGAUUCCUCCAGUUGAAGGAAGACCAUUAAUCAUGUACCUUACUGUGUUAGAAGAAUCCAUGGGUUGUAUGCUUGGACAGCAAGAUGAAACCGGUAAGAAGGAGCAUGCCAUCUAUUACUUGAGUAAGAAAUUCACAGACUGUGAGUCUCGUUACUCCAUGCUCGAAAAAACGUGUUGUGCUUUGACUUGGGCUUCAAAACGUCUCCGCCAAUACAUGAUCAACAAUACUACUUGGUUAAUCUCCAAAAUGGAUCCGAUCAAGUACGUCUUUGAAAAGCCCGCCUUAACAGGAAGGAUUGCCCGAUGGCAAAUGCUGUUAUCUGAAUAUGACAUUGAAUACCGUGCUCAAAAAGCCGUCAAAGGAAGCAUUCUCGCCGAUCAUUUGGCGCAUCAACCAAUUAAUGAAUAUCAAUCUCUCAAGUUUGACUUUCCUGAUGAAGAUGUCUUGUACUUGAAAAUGAAAGAUUGUGACGAACCGUUACCUGAAGAAGGUCCUGAGCCUGGAUCAAGAUGGGGCCUAAUUUUUGAUGGAGCAGUAAACGCUUUUGGCAAUGGAAUUGGGGCAAUCAUCAUCACUCCCAAGGGUACUCAUAUCCCGUUCUCUGCCAGAUUGCUAUUUGAUUGUACCAACAACAUCGCAGAAUAUGAAGCUUGUAUCAUGGGUCUCGAAGAAGCCAUUGACUUAAGGAUCAAGAUCCUCGACAUAUAUGGAGAUUCAGCCCUUGUGAUCAACCAAAUCAAAGACAAAUGGGAAACUUACCACCCUGGCUUGAUUCCCUACAGAGAUUAUGCAAGACGUCUGUUGACUUUCUUCAAUAAGGUUGAAUUGCAUCAUAUACCUCGAGAUCAGAAUCGAAUGGCAGACGCCUUGGCUACUCUAUCUUCCAUGUUCAAAGUCAGUCACUGGAAUGAUGUGCCUAAAGUCAGAAUCACGCGCCUUGAAAGGCCCGCCUAUGUGUUUGCAACUGAAGCAGUCAUCGAUAAUAAACCGUGGUUCCACGACAUCAAGCGCUUCCUUCAAACUCAAGAGUACCCGCCCGGGGCAUCAAACAAAGAUAAGAAAACUCUAAGGAGACUUUCUGGCAGUUUCUUCCUGAAUGGAGAUGUGCUAUACAAAAGAAACUUCGACAUGGUUUUGCUCAGAUGCGUGGAUAGACACGAA